AUGUCCACCUGUGUACAUACAUUAAAAUCCCAAUACAAGCCCCAGAACCUGUACAUGCAGAUGGAGAGGUGCAUGCUGAGACAGUCCGAACUCAACGGAACAUCAUCCCUAAUUCUCUCAAUAAUAGGGCAUGCAGGCGAGGUAGAGCGCACCGUGAUCUCAGCACAACACAAUCUACAUGACGCACCGCAAAAGCCGUCCCAUCGACACGCUCAUAUGCGCACCCGUGAAGAGGUUGGCAUCACUGGUGAGGCUGCACGAAAUCUUGAAGCAUUUUUCGCGUGGACACCUCCACUCUCGACCGAGCCUCGUGACGCAGAUGACCCUCUUGCUGGUCUAGAAAAUAUCUCGUCUGACGACGUUGCUGCUGGAUUCGCGGCUCUCAAAGAGUUGAAGAGGACUGAAGAAGUUUAG